AUGUUGUCGUCCUCGUGUAUCAGACGAGGACAAAGAAGAGCUUUGGGACUGUCGCGUUGUUUGUUGCGAAACGCUUCUUUGUCUUCUUCUUUUUCGUUCGCGUCGUAUUCAACGAGAAGAGAGCGACGACAACUUUUCAAGGAAGAGCAAAAACCGGAACAACAACACGAUGAUGACACAUUCUUUCCGGAGAAGAACGAGAGAAGAACGGCGUACAUAGAAACGUACGGGUGUCAAAUGAACGCCGCGGACAGCGAAGUCAUCGCCGCCGUGUUAACCUCGCACGGGUACGAGAUCAUAGAGAGCAAAGAGAAAAUGAUUUCGAUGACAUCUCCUCCGGAAGUGAUUUUGGUGAACACGUGCGCGAUACGAGACAAAGCGGAGGAACGAGUGAAAACGAGACUGAGACAGUUUCGCUCUGAUACUACGAAGAAGAGUAGUUUUAGUACUCAGCAAAAGAAGAAGAAGAAGGCAGUCAUCGGGGUGUUGGGAUGCAUGGGCGAGCGCAUCAAAGGUGACUUGUUGAAGAAAGACUCGAAGGGUGUUCGGUUGGCGGAUAUCGUGGCGGGACCGGACAGCUAUCGAGACUUGCCGAGAUUGAUUGAAAACGCGAUAUCGAAUAAUAAUAGUAAUAAUAGUAUUGGUAAGAAAGAGAAGAAGAAGAAGAAAGAGGAUGAUGACAACGAGGAGAAGAAUGACGAUGGAAACGAAUCGUCGCGAAAAAGAUUCGAGCCGAAGAUUACGGAGACGAUGAACGUCGAGUUAUCGACGACGGAAACGUAUUCGGAGAUUUUCCCCAUGCGAAGAGGUCGAGUGGAAGAUAUGAGCACGUCCGCGUUCGUAACCAUACAAAGAGGCUGCGAUAAUAUGUGCGCGUUUUGUAUCGUUCCGUUCACGCGCGGGAGAGAGCGUUCGCGGGAUUCGGCGUCGAUAUUAGAGGAAGCGAAGAAAAGAUUUUACGAGGAAAAUGCGCGCGAGAUUGUUUUGCUCGGACAAAACGUAAACAGUUAUUCGGAUAAAUCGCACGCCGCAGCCGCAGAGGAAGAGUCGUCGUCGUCGUCUUCAAACACCGCAACAACGACGACGUCGAACGAAGUAUAUGCCGAAGGAUUCAAGAGCGUGUACAUGCCGAGUAGGAAUCAUGAGUACGAUUUCGCUAAAUUGUUGAAGGACGUGUGCGCCAUCUCGCCGGAAUUACGCGUCCGAUUUACAUCGCCGCAUCCCAAGGAUUUUCCGGAUAAUCUGCUCCAAACGAUUUCCGAUACACCAAACGCUUCAAAGUUGUUACAUAUGCCGGCGCAGUCUGGAUCGACGUCUGCGCUUGAACGAAUGAAUCGAGGAUACUCGCGCGAAGCGUACAUGAAUUUAAUCGACAAGGCGAAAGCAAUCAUCCCAGACGUCGCGUUUAGUUCCGAUUUUAUCUCUGGUUUUUGUGGAGAAACUGAAGAGGAACACAAAGACACCAUUUCACUUUUAAAGCGAGUGCAAUACGAACAGGCGUUUACGUUCGCGUAUUCUUUGCGAGAGAAAACGGCAGCGUCGAAAAAAUUAACCGACGACGUGCCCGAAGAAGUAAAACAGAGACGAUUAGCAGAAGUCAUUGAAACGUUCCGCGAAGCGGCCAAAGAGAAAGCAAAGGGCGAAAUCGGGAAGACGCACUUGGUUUUAGUCGAAGGAACGAGUAAACGUGACGAUGCAAAAGCAACGGGAAGGGCAGAUAACGGGAAACGCGUCGUAUUCAUGAACAACGAUGAAAGUAAGAAAGGAGAGUACGCAGAGGUGCGGAUUCGAGAAGCUGGCAUGAACACUCUGAUCGGCGAUUUCGUGAAGAAAACAACCGCGAAAGCGUUUUACGAUGCAAACGCAGGGAAAGCUUGGUACGCGUAG